GAGCCUGCCCCCCUGGGCUGGUGGACAUCGCAGAGCCCAGUUGCAGGCCAAGGGGCAGAGGGAGGACGGCAAAGAGCCCCAGGCAGCAGGAGCCGCCGCGGACGCCGAGGCCAGGCUGGGGCGAGCGCGGAGCGGAGACGGCAGGGGCUGGUGACCCACCAUGCAGCCGACGCGGCUGGCGCUCCUGGCACUCGUGCUGGCCGCCUGCGGGGCACUCGCCACAGCCAUACGAUGCUACACAUGCCACGAUCCCACGAGUGUGACCGACUGUGUCACCGUCACCACCUGCAAGGCCAACGAGACCAUGUGCAAGACCACACUCUACUCCCCGGAGCUCGCGUACCCGUUCCUGGGGGACUCCCUGGUGACCAGGUCCUGCGCUAACAAGUGUCAGCCCUCGAACGUGGAUGGCCUCGGACAGAUUCGGCCCGUAUCCUGCUGCAACACAGACCUGUGCAACGUGGAUGGGGCCCCCGGCCUGGGCGGCCCUGGCGGCCUGGCACUGGCCCUCACGCUGGUCCCCCUCCUGGGCCUUGGGCUCUAGGGCCCCGGGAGCCCCGGCCACCCCCCACCCCCCUGUGCAGUGUCCCCUCCCGCCCCCCGUGCCCCAAGUAAGCUGCCAGCCUGCCCCGGCCUCCGACUCUCCUUUCUGGGUGGAGACGGCCCCUGGGGCCGGAGAAGGCCCUCCUGCACCCCGUCCCUGGCUGUCCCUGCCCGUCUUGUCUCGCUGCUGCCCCGUUUCUGAAUCUCCAUGAGGCUCCGUCUCACAGCGUGGGUCUGUCUGUCCCUCUGCCCUCCUGUCUGGGACUAUGGGCCUCCCUGGCUCUCUCUCGAGCUGCUCCUCCUUCUCUCCCCUCGCUCUGCAGAGCUGACCUGAGCCUGGGUCCGUCUCUCUCCCCUGGGGCCUGGUCUGUAUGUCCACA